AUGUGCCGUUGCUCUUCAGCAUUGAAGCUGGGGAGUCGAUAUCUGGUGCAUUGCUUGGUCGGGAAGUUCUUGGCAUGGUUUACACCAGCCGUGCCCGGGCCCUCUGAACACGAAAGCUGGCCGGACCUCAUGGCCCCGGGCUUUUGGCGCAGCACGGAGGAUUUCAAGGAGUACUUGUGUGGCAUCAGUGAGAUGGCCUUCAUUAUGAGCUCGGACCCCCACCUUCGGCUUCCGCGCACCCUCCGUGACCUGUGCCUGAUUGGGUCCAAUCUGCCGCUGGGCGAAAUGGAGUCCAGUGCUUUUGGGUACAUUGCAUCCCUCACGCUCAUCGCCACGGUCUUUUUUUGGUGCCCGGAUGGGCAUCGUGGGCCAAUGGACAGGGAGAGGGGGGAAGCACCUGAGGCUCGAGCCUCCACCCAGAAGCUAAGAGAGACUCUCCUGAAUCCUUUGGUGGUGACGAACGUCGAAGACGAGGAUCUCCGAGGGUCGAAGCUGAAUUCGACUGCCGGAUUGAUCUCUGCCUCCGCGUGGCACCGAGAGGAGGCACUGGUGACGGGACGAGGAGCUUGGCAGGGGCAGGGCGAGGAAGAAAGCAGGGAGGGCGCAGACGUGGCCUCUGGCCCUGACCUGGGGUCUGGCAGCUCUCCUAUGACAUGGUUCCAGCUGGCCCUAGCCUUGACGUGGUCCACCGACGCACCGCACCGACAGGACGUCGCGCAACAGGCAUCUCCCCGCGAAUGUCGCGCAAACGCGCGCGAGAAGAGGUCGACUCCAAAGCAAGCCUACCACUACGUUUGCCCCCGCUGCAACACGCAUGUCCGCAGCACGGUACGCACCGGCAGGGUGGAUCACCGCGGCUUUGGGACGUGGCCUCUGGCCCUGACUGGGGUCUGGCAGCUCUCCUGUGACAUGGUUCCAGCUGGCCCUAGCCCUGACGUGGCCCCAGCAGCUGCCAUGGCUUUGGGGUCUGGCAGCUCUCCUGUGACAUGGUUCCAGCUGGCCCUAGCCUUGACGUGGCCCCAUGGCUCUGGCUGCUAUCCUGACCUGGCGGAGGGUUUGGGGCGCUUCGGCGAGGAGCGCAGCGCGGCGGUGGCCACGCUGCGUUGGGGGCAGGAGCCCUUCACCGUGGUAUCCACACAUUUGGAUCCAUUUGCAGAGAUGAGGGGCUUCUUCCAAAUGGCUGAAGGGGAAGUGAUCCGCUUGUUGGAGUUUGAAGCCCUUCACGAGGCCCUCGGUCCGACGAAGAAUGUGGCGAUCUUAGGGGAUUUCAAUACGCCCUCCCAACGCACCGCGACGCUCACGGAGGAGCAUCGUCGGCAGGCAGAGCUGCUGGACCAUCUCAGUCAGCAACGAGAUCCCAAGGCACUUCGACAUUUCCUUCCAAGGGACUCACCGCGAAUUCCGGAGGAGAUGACCGCCUUGGGCUUUGCUGAGAAGCUCGGCUACAGGCAUGCGUGGCAGGCGCUUGAUGUUCCUCAUGCACCUUACUACAGUCAUUGGAGUGGACAGCUGAUUGAUCACUGCCUUCUGAAGACCCACCGAAGGCUGCGCGUGACCUAUGUGGGAGUUUACCAUGAUAGUGCGAGCGAUCACCUCCCUUUGGUGAUUGAUUUUGAGCUGGUCUGAUCCGAGGAGCUCACAUCACCCGGCCGCGGCCGGCCGGCCCAUGGGCUGAAACACAGCGGCUGAAAUGCAUCGAUCGAUUGGAACAUCGUACCGUGAUUCAUACCAGGACCCGACACCGUGGGGUGUCUAUUUAUAGCCCCUAUAAGGCCCUUAUUCGGGGUGUCCAUUAACCACCCCUUUUGGGGGGUCAAGGUAUAGAACACUGAAAAUCG